CUUCCUGUUAAAGAACAAACGAGGAAGAGAGGGCGCCAAUCAGAAGGCGAGAAGACAGGACUUGUUCAGGCAUGUUCACGCUUUACACGUGUUGGAGAAGAAAUGACUGCAAGGCCAGAAUUGUUAGUUGAUGAUGACACAGCCAUCAAAAAGGAAUAAAGCCACCUCGUGGGGGCUUCUCAGCAACUACAGAUAUUGUGCAAAAAAAGCCAUAAUGCUUCACAGUAUGGAGAAUGCAAGAACCAGGAAGAAACACCAGCAGAAGAUAAUCAUCGCCAACAUGAAGAGGAAAAGAACCGACAGCCACAACAAACCACUGGAUAUAAAUAAACUGGUCAAAAAAACGAAUUUGAGCGAAGCAGAACAAGAAAGUCAAAACACUCUGAACUCUCAAAACAAAAACUCUGAUGUAUCUAAACCUGGACUCUCUGAGUCUAAAGCUUCAGACCACCACAGUUUAGUCACAGCCCUCAGAGACAGCUGGGAGGUAGACAGUGGUUUCUCCUCCGAGGUGAGUCCUCCGGCCAGUGGUCGGAGUUCACCGUGCCUCAGCUCAUGCCGGACCACAGUGGUGGCGUUGGACUGUGAGAUGGUGGGGACGGGGCCAGGAGGUCGCUGCAGCGAGCUGGCACGCUGCAGCAUCCUGGACUAUCAUGGCAACAUACUGUAUGAUAAAUAUGUCCAACCCUGUCAGGCCGUCACAGACUACAGGACUCGCUGGAGUGGUAUCAGGAGGCAUCACCUGCACAACGCCAUCUCAUUCACUCAGGCCAGGGAAGAGAUCAUCAGUAUACUUGAGGGCAAAGUGGUGGUCGGCCACUCCAUCUACAACGAUUUUGAGGCAUUGGACGUUAUACAUCCAGGUCACAUGGUCAGGGACACCUGUACGACACGUCUCCUCAGCCGGUUGGCCGGUUUCCCCCGUGAACGCUGCCCCUCCCUCAAAAUCUUGGCCAGUAAGCUGCUGAACAGGAGGAUACAGGUGGGGAGGAGAGGUCACUGUUCGGUUGAGGACGCUCAGGCUGCCCUUGACCUCUACAAGCUGGUGGAGGGCGAGUGGGAGCAGGAGCUGCACAACAAGCUGAGGGACGACGACGCACCACACGAGCCAAGCUUCGCCUCCUCAAACCACUACAUGCAGGAUGAGUACUGGCCAGAUGAUGUCAUAGCUGACAGCCAAUGAGAGGAGUGAGUAUUCAUGGCAUGUGUCACAAUAAGUGACAAAUACCUCAGUGACAAUAUACAGCCAUCAGAGCAGGUUCAGAUAACUAUGAAUUAUGUGAAUGAAAAUCUUCUUGAAAGUAUAUCAAGUCUGGAAAAGUAAUUUAAAAAUUAAAUGCAAAAUGGGUCACGGUGACAAGAUGAUUUUGCAUUGUCUCAUAUGAGGAGAAGAUCUGUAUCACUUUGGAGAAAAUAACUUGAUUGCUUGAAUGAAAACACUAACUUAUUAUUUUUAAACAUGUUUGGCGUUCCUAACAGCGUAUUUGUUGCUGUGAUACCAGAUAUUUGCCUGCACAGAAAUAGUUAUCGAGUUAGUUGUUGCAGACUUGUUGUUUACAGCAUGAGUUUUAGUGCUCUAAAAUUUUGGGUUAUUAACUUAUAUGAUGGUUCUCGACCAGUAUCUGCUCUUACUUGAAAGGUAAAAUGUAACUUUUUAAUUGGACAUUAGGCUGAUCUUAGACCACAGAUAUGGGUAUUUUGGGAAACACACUUGAGUUUGUUUCUUUAAUAUAUCUCUGUUCACAUGAGAACAUGAAAAUGCACAAGUGGCUGCUAUGAGCGUGCUCAAAAGCGGCAUAUGUUGCAGCUUUUAAAAUGUUUUUCACUGUCUACAGGGCAAAAGACUAAGCAAGUUUAAACUGUUGCAAUUACCUCCAUGUACCUGUGGCCUUAAGUGUUUUCUAUUGUAACAGUUGUGUGUUAUAUUGCAAUGGUUAUAUCAUUACCUCUCAUUGUAAGCUGCUCUUAAAUGUUCGAAUAAAAUGGCAUCAUGUUAAAA